AAAAAACCUUUAAAAUGUGACAACCCAAAGAAACGCGGAUCCCAUUGCAGUCAAACGUGGGCGUGUGAUCUGACAGCCCCAUUCGUACGUGACGUCACAGAGGCCUUCCUAAUCGGCGAAUCUGGGCUUGGAAUCAAAAUUUAUCUGACCUGCCUCCUGCCUGAGAAGGCAUCCGGAGUUUGUGAGCAAUGAGCAACAUUGGAGGCUGCGGGGACUUCGCCGUUUCAUUUAUGACAACAUUACUGCGUUCUGUUUUUUUAUCUCUGAAUUAAAGCUACCAUGAAUCGUUACAGUUGGUUCAUGAACGCAUAUCGUUCUGGAAGAGUUGCAAUAAACGCAUUUAUUAUGCAUUUUCACGUGACACGUUUUUAGAAAGCAGCUCUCAAUUACUGUAGUCCGUUUGUAAUCGAGGGUGGGUGAGUUCAGCGUUGAAAGACAUGCGAAAGCACGUUAAAAAUAUUAUUCCCUAGUAUACAUUAAAUGCCUUCAUUGGCGUAGGAUCUGUGAAAGAUGAGUGACAAAAUGAGCAAUAGUUUUAAAAGUUACGUAGGUAUAGAAGAUUAUGAUUUACAGUCCCUAAAUGUGAGCGGCGACGAUUCGUUUUCGGAUCUUAACCCCAGGCUUUUGACAGGAGAAAUGGUGGUUGCAGAAGCUCAGAAAGUGUUACUGUUUGCUCCUGUAAGCAGUAAUAACAAAGGAAAAUCUGGAACUUUGAGUGUUACUAAUUUUAAGUUAUCGUUUGUUACAACAGAAGAGCGAUCACGGGAGGAUACAAUAUCUCAGCAGAAUUGUCUUCUGGCUGAGUAUGAUAUUUGUUUGUCAAAUGUGGAUAUGAUAUACCAGAUCAUUGGAGAUAAACGGCGCAGACUUUUGCCUGGAAGCUCAGUUCCUGACAAAGUGAAAGGACUAUGUAUUUUGUGCAAAAACAUGAAGGUGAUGCAGUUCAGUUUCAAAUUUUCCCCAGUGGACCACGGGAAGACCAUCACAAAUGCUCUUUUGCAUCAUGCAUUUCCCCGAAGACAUCAGCUCCUAUUUGCAUAUGAUUACAGAGAGCAGUAUUACAAUUGCUUGCAAGAUGCUUGUUGGUAUCGAUAUGAACAUGAUUGGAAAAAUGAGCUGGAGAGGUCUCGGUGCAGUGGUUGGAGAAUCUCAUUAGCAAAUGAAAGUUUUCAUUUGUCAACAAGCAUGCCGCAGUGGCUGGUGGUGCCAGUGACAGUGAUGGACUGGCAGCUGACAGAUGCAGCCCGACAUUUCCGUGGAAGCCGGCCACCUGUGUGGUGCUGGGGCACAAAGCAAGGUGCUGCUCUCGUGCGAAUGGCCGAUUUGCUGCCUACAAUUACUGAAAGGACACAGGAAAAUACAAUGCUUGAACAUGUCCGGAAGUCUCAUCCAACUCGAAGACAGCCAUUGUUGCUGGACCUGGGAAAAGAUUUGCCAACUCCUCGAGAUGUGCAAACAAGUUUCCUCAAACUGAGAGAUUUGUGUGCUCCUGAUAAUUUGCGCCAAUUUCAAAUUCAAGAAAAGGACUUCCUAACGCAGCUGGAGAGUUCUCGUUGGCUUCAUCUAAUUUCUGCUUGUUUGCAUAAGAGUGUAGAUGCUGCUGAAGCAAUGCAAAAUGGUAGCACAGUUGUUUUACAAGGUCAUGUGUAUCGGUCGGAGAAUGAACUGGCUCCGGUGUUUCUGAUUUUCCUGGAUUGUGUGUGGCAGCUUACUCAACAAUUUCCCUCGGCCUUUGAAUUCACUGAAACAUUUCUCACUACUUUAUGGGAUUCUGCUCAUGUAUCCAUCUUCGACACCUUUCUCUUUGACUGUGAAAGAGAUAGGCUAUUGGCUGUAACGGAUCCUCACAACCCUUUGGUGCUGCGAUCUGUCUGGGAUUGGGGAGAACAGUUUCCUGAGCCUAGGGAUGUGGCCCUAUUUACAAAUCCUCUGUUCACUUGCUCUGAACGUAGAAUGCUACGUCCUCGAUGGGUUUUACCUGAUAUAUCGCUGUGGACUCAAUGUUAUCUGAGGUGGAUUCCCAUGUUGGAAAUCAGGGGUGGCGGACAUCCGCAGGUAGAUUUGUACUUGCGAAUGCUAGUGGUGGAGAUUGCAGCUAUUCAGGGGCAGAUGGCAGGCAGCAGUGGGCCUGGGGACUCACGAGUAGCUGAUAAGUUGGGUGUGGGUGUGGAUGCCACGCUGGUGGGCUCUUUCUUCCCAUUCAGUCGGUCGGGAGGGGCUGCGACUGCACAGUCCCAGCUGUUUAACAGCUUCCCGGGAGAGCAUGCACCGGACUCCCUGUCAUUGCAAAAUGCUCCAGAUUGACAUCAAUUUUCAAUGAUGUAAGAUGCCAUUUCUGAAGAAAUUUUGUUAAGAUGGUAAUAAAGAGCAAACAAUCACUCAUAUUGCUCUAAAUAUGACCCAUCAUAUUUAUGUAUAUAUGCACAUAGUGUUCAUCUGAUUUUAAAUAAUUUGUUCAUUGUUAUUUAUACGUGUAGUUGUAAAAAGCAUCAGUCCACUAUUAAUAUCUUUGUUGAUGUAGAUUGCCAAGAGAUGCAAGUAUUUUUACAUAAAAUUGAUGACUCGGGAAAGGUUAGUGAAAUGUUUACGAAGAUGUUAUUUCAGUAUGCAGGUUAUAAAUAUAUUUUAGCAUUUAAUUGUUAUAAUUGUAGUUCAUUGAAGUAUAUUAAAGCAAAUGAAUAUAUGACAUGGAAAAAAAAGUUAAAAUCUAAUUUCGGAAUGACAGAGCCAAAUUGUAACAGAUGCAUAUGGGAAUUUUGUGAAGAGCAGAAAGUAAUCAGAUAGAACUUAUCUGCUAGGUUUUAUAUCAAUUAAUUAAUCAUUACUGUCUUGUGUAUUUUGGUUUGUUCAGUGACCAAAAGUAAUUAAAGACGAGUCCUAGUCUUCACUAAUAACACUUUCCUUCAGAAGAAGUGAUGAUAAUGAAUUUUCUACUAAUAAAGUUUAUUAGGAAGUAAUACUGAAAAUAAAGAUACCAUCUGUUUUUGGAAUGGAAUGGAAGUCAUUGUAUUAGUUAUGAGAAAGUUAGAACUUAAUUUUCCUUCUUAAUUUUUUUCUUCCAUCUAAAGAAUGGUUCUAAUGAUUCAAACAUUUCCUCACUUCAAGGUUCUAUCGAAAUAUUCUGCUACAUAUAAAAUAAGCAAUACUUUUUUAAUUGUUUUGGCCUUUAUUUAAAAGAAUGAGUUUUGCUUCAAUAAAAUAAAGUUUGUUAAAAAAUUUUAAAUUGUCAGUGAAAGUUACAUUGACUGGGUUGAAAUUGAAAGUAAUAUUUUUUUGUUCUCACAUGUCUUUUGUACAUUUCUUUAAAUUCAAAAUAUCCUUCUUUGAUUUUCCCUAUUAUCUUUAGUUUUGAAAGAGGAAUAAGAAUUCCAGUGGUUUUAAUGUCCUUAAGGAAGUAUAUUAGUAUUAUUUCCUUUACAUGGCAGAGGAGUGUAUGAUUCAUUCCUUUGACUUGUUGAAUGUGGGACCAAUGUACAAGUCAAAAAGUGAGUAUGAAUUUUACACUUAACUGCAAUAAAGCAGUGAAAAAGUUUCAUGAAUAAUCAAUGAAAAGAAUAAUGUUGAAGCAUAGAGAAUAAGAUUAAACAUUUUUAAAUUCAAACAGCAGAAACGUUUGUUGGGUACAGAAUGUUCUUUUCUCCGAAAUAGAAGUCCAUUUUGUACUUUCAGAAAUUAAUGAAUACAGCAAAACUCCUGUUACAGUGUUCUAUAUUAUCCAUGUAAGCGUAAUUCUCUUGUAAUGAAGUUUUGCUGUAGUUUCAACAGAUUGAAAUAAAGGAUGGACGACUAAUACUAAAUAAUCUUUUAUACUGCUUAGUUUCUUAUUUAUGAGAUAAUUAUUUUUUCUCAGAUUUUAAUGUAAUUUUUAUUGAGAAUAGUGUAUUUCAUCUCAAUAUGUUUGUGGUCAAAAGAGGCAAAUUAUACUAUUCCAGAGUUUACUUGUGUGUUACUAAUUAAAUAAAAUGUAGCUUUGUCCCCAAAAAAAGAAACCAAAUUUUCUUACAUUCUUUCACUUAACAAAGUUAACCAACUGCAACUUUGUGAGAAAUAUGGUAGAAUAAUGACAUUAUUCCAAGGUAUUUGACAUGGAAAUAAAAUGGUGUAAUGUUCUACUGCAUAUUUCAUUAUGUAGAUGUGUCAUUUAAGGCACAUUCUAUAUCUAUGAGGAAGAUUUGCGGAAGUAAGAGAGCUGAAACGUAACAUAAGUGUGUAUAUUUAAGUUACAUGUGGAACCAAAGAACAGGGCAAUUCUGACCUUGUAAUUUUUAAGAGUACAACCUUCAUUUUUAAGACUUCAUAUUGAAUGUCAUCAUUUGCCUUUAUGUAAUAGAGUUUAUAGUGGAUGUCCAUAAAAUAAAUAUUGAAUGUGAUAUGAUCUCUUUUCUUGGUGAUUACCAUGUUCAUUCAGUAUUUUAAUUUUACAAGAAGUUUGAGGUUCUUAUUCUUACUGUCUUACUCUUCAAUGCUCACAGAAUGUUUUUGAGAUAAUUGCCUAUAUUUAAUUGCUCUUAAUAUAUAAAAUUUGAUUGAUUAUUUUGAUUUAAAACCAUUUUUGUGAAACAGUUUUCAAAUGUUCUUGAAAGUAGUAAUAUUUAACUUGUAUGUUACAAGUGGUUUCAAAAAAUUAUUUUAUGUAACUUCAUGAACUUUUUAUUUUGAACUAAAAUCAAGUAAAGUUGAUUCUUUUUUCAAGCAAUGUAAUAACAAAACUAUCUCAAAAUAAUUGUAAGGACACUCCUCCCACCAACGAUAAUAUGUAAAAUAUCAUGGGAGUGCCAACAUGUUCUAAUGUGUGUAAAACAGGGCAGCAAGUUUAACAUAUAUGGUGCAUUAAUUCAGCUUGAGCUAUUUGCUAUAGCAUGUUUCUAGGCAAGAUGGUGCCUUCCAAUGAUUAAGUUUGUUCCAGUGGGUGGGUAGAAAAUAUUAUCAACCCUUUGAACAAAAACUUGAAGAAAUUUGUAGUCUUCCUUCUUUGUUAGAACAUUCAUUAAAAAUGUUAAGGAAAUCAUUUAAAUCUAACCAUUAAACACAUGCAGUGUUUCUAGUAAAGUAAAACUGUUCCAGC